AGCCUGUAAGUUGCAGUCCCGCUCAGGGGAUUCUGUACGUGGCAAGGAGUCUGCUGUGGGAUCUGGGCAAAAUGGCGAGCCUACUGCGAAUUGCUGUUAGUGGGUGCUCAACUUCUGGUUUUGGCAGUGUGUUGCAACUAAAGGUGCAUUCUCCAAAGAUGCUAUGGUUACGAAUGUUUAGAACCCACCAGAUGCUCAUUUCCCAGGCAGCUCCAAAGCCAGGAAUUCCUUAUAAACAGCUGACUGUAGGUGUCCCAAAGGAGAUAUUUGAGAAUGAGAAAAGAGUGGCUCUAUCACCUGCUGGGGUUCAAGCCUUGGUUAAGCAAGGCUUCAAUGUUGUGGUUGAAUCUGGUGCUGGCGAACCUUCUAAAUUUUCUGAUGACCAUUACAGAGAAGUUGGAGCAAAGAUCCAGGGGACCAAGGAAGUUCUGGCUUCUGAUUUGAUUGUCAAAGUGAGGGCUCCUAUGUAUAACUCAGCUUUAGGUGUACAUGAAGCAGAUCUUUUUAAGAAUGCGGCUACUCUGAUAAGUUUUAUCUACCCAGCACAAAAUCCAGACCUCCUGAAAAAACUUGCAGAAAAAAACACUACUGUCUUGGCUAUGGAUCAGGUUCCACGGGUCACCAUUGCUCAGGGAUAUGAUGCACUUAGCUCCAUGGCCAACAUUGCUGGUUACAAGGCUGUAGUACUGGCAGCAAAUCACUUUGGUCGAUUUUUCACGGGUCAGAUCACAGCUGCUGGUAAAGUUCCUCCUGCAAAGGUCUUGAUCAUUGGAGGAGGAGUUGCUGGUCUUGCUUCUGCAGGAGCCGCUAAAUCGAUGGGUGCAGUGGUUCGUGGAUUUGAUACAAGAGCUGCAGCUUUGGAACAGUUCAAGUCUCUUGGUGCUGAGCCUUUGGAAGUAGACAUAAAGGAAUCUGGAGAGGGACAAGGUGGUUAUGCUAAAGAAAUGUCCAAAGAAUUUAUUGAAGCUGAAAUGAAACUCUUUGCUAAACAGUGCCAAGAUGUUGAUAUUAUCAUCACUACAGCACUUAUUCCAGGCAAAAAAGCUCCUGUCUUGUUUAAGAAAGAUAUGAUAGAAUCAAUGAAAGAAGGUUCAGUUGUUGUGGAUUUAGCUGCAGAAGCAGGGGGAAACAUUGAAACUACAAAGCCUGGAGAGCUGUAUGUUCAUAAGGGUGUUACACACAUUGGUUACACAGACUUGCCUAGCAGAAUGGCUACUCAGGCCAGUACUCUGUAUUCCAAUAAUAUUAUCAAACUCCUAAAGGCUAUUAGUCCUGACAAAGAGAAUUUCUACUUUGAUCCAAAAGAUGAAUUUGAUUAUGGGACUCUCGAUCAUGUUAUUAGAGGAACUGUAGUAAUGAAAGAUGGCAAGGUGAUUUUCCCAGCACCUCCACCAAAUAAUGUUCCUCAAGGAGCACCUGUGAAGCAGAAGACUGUAGCAGAGCUGGAGGCAGAAAAAGCAGCAACUGUUACACCUUUUGCAAAAACUAUGACUACAGCAUCCAUAUACACAGCAGGUUUAUCUGGCAUGUUAGGACUAGGCAUUGUAGCUCCUAAUACUGCUUUCACACAAAUGGUAACAACAUUUGGCCUAGCUGGAAUAGUGGGGUACCAUACAGUAUGGGGUGUGACUCCUGCUCUGCACUCUCCACUCAUGUCAGUGACUAAUGCUAUCUCAGGACUAACGGCAGUUGGUGGGCUGGUAUUGAUGGGAGGAAACUACCUCCCUGUAAACACUCCUCAAAGCCUAGCAGUGCUUUCAGCCUUUAUCUCUUCAGUCAAUAUUGCAGGUGGGUUUCUAGUUACACAGAGAAUGCUGGAUAUGUUCAAACGCCCCACAGAUCCUCCUGAGUACAAUUACUUGUACCUGCUUCCUGGUGGUGUAUUUGUAGGAGGCUAUGCAGCUGCUCUCAGUGGUGGCUAUAAUAUUGAACAGGUGAUGUAUCUGGGCUCAGGUUUAUGCUGUGUUGGUGCCCUGGCUGGUCUGUCUACCCAAGGAACAGCUCGUCUUGGAAAUGCUUUGGGUAUGAUUGGUGUUGCAGGAGGUUUAGCAGCAACUCUUGGAGGCCUUAAGCCAUCACCUGAAUUGUUGGCACAGAUGUCGGGUGCCAUGGCACUCGGUGGUACCAUAGGUUUGACAAUUGCUAAACGCAUCCAGAUUACAGAUCUGCCUCAGCUAGUGGCUGCUUUCCAUAGUUUGGUUGGUUUGGCUGCUGUUCUCACCUGUGUAGCAGAAUACAUGAUAGAAUAUCCUCACUUUGCUACUGAUCCAGCUGCAAACCUCACCAAGAUUGUGGCAUACCUUGGCACGUACAUUGGUGGAGUGACUUUCAGCGGCUCUCUCGUUGCUUACGGAAAACUGCAAGGUAUCCUGAAUUCUGCACCACUGCUCUUGCCUGGUCGACAUGCAUUAAAUGCAGGAUUGCUGGCAGCCAGUGCUGGUGGAAUGAUUCCAUACAUGAUUGAUCCUAGUUACACAACAGGAAUUACUUGCUUAGGUUCUGUGUCUGCUCUCUCGGCCAUAAUGGGUGUCACUUUAACAGCAGCUAUUGGAGGUGCCGACAUGCCUGUAGUUAUUACUGUCCUGAACAGUUAUUCUGGAUGGGCUUUGUGUGCCGAGGGCUUCCUACUGAACAACAACUUGCUGACCAUUGUUGGCGCACUCAUUGGCUCCUCUGGAGCUAUCCUGUCUUACAUCAUGUGUGUGGCUAUGAACCGUUCCCUUGCAAAUGUGAUACUAGGGGGCUAUGGCACCACGUCUACAGCUGGUGGAAAGCCCAUGGAAAUCACUGGAACCCACACAGAAAUCAACGUGGACAAUGCAGUUGAAAUGAUAAAGGAAGCCAGUAAUAUUAUUAUUACUCCAGGUUAUGGUUUGUGUGCAGCAAAAGCUCAGUAUCCCAUAGCUGAUCUGGUGAAGAUACUGAGAGAUCAAGGGAAAAAUGUCAGGUUUGGUAUUCACCCUGUGGCUGGCCGUAUGCCGGGUCAGCUGAAUGUACUCCUAGCGGAGGCUGGUGUUCCUUAUGAUAUUGUACUAGAAAUGGAUGAGAUCAAUGAAGACUUCCCAGAAACUGACUUGGUCCUUGUAAUUGGUGCAAAUGAUACAGUUAAUUCAGCAGCUCAGGAAGAUCCGAACUCUAUCAUAGCUGGAAUGCCAGUUCUUGAGGUCUGGAAGUCCAAACAGGUGAUUGUAAUGAAGAGAUCUCUGGGAGUCGGUUAUGCAGCCGUGGACAAUCCAAUCUUCUACAAACCUAAUACGGCCAUGUUGUUGGGAGAUGCAAAGAAGACUUGUGAUGCCCUGCAGGCCAAAGUUAGGGAAUCAUAUCAAAUCUAAAUGGUGAUUUAUAUUCCACUCAUGAUUAUGACUAUAGUUUUGUCACAGAGGUCGUGGAAAAGAAGAAUUAGUGUAAUCUCUUAAUGUCAUAAUCCAGCCAGCCUUUGGACAAGACUGCUUUAACUCCUAGAAGAUGUAGUUCAGUCAGGUUUCUAUGCAAGGAUGAGAACAUUAGCCUUUCAAACUAAAAUUCCCAUGACUCAAUGCAUUAAAGAAUGAAAACAUGCUUUUGAAGGUUAAUAUUGAGCUGUUAGAAGCAGGAACUAAUUAAUAAAUGCUGUUAAUUUUAAAGUAGUUAUUUACUUCCUCCACCUUCACUGUCAGAGAAAUUCACUGAAAAG